AGUUGUGCAGAGAGUGUCAGUCAUUAUCAAGAGGACGUGGGCCAGAGUCAGGCUCGCUCUGCUCUUUAUUCUCACAGCUCAGACUCUCUUUCUGUUGUAAGAAAAAAAGAAAACCUGUUUUUAGCUUUAGUUUUAGAUCACCAUGCAGAGAAUAGUUUUUAUGUUACUCUGGAUCCUACACAUCUCAGGGCCAGUAGCAGCUCAGCAAGAAAAGGUGCAGAGAGCACUGCCCCCGUGGCUGACAGGAAUCAUUGCUGUGGUAGUUUUCCUGUCGCUCGUGUUCAUCUCCUUCAUCGUCAACAAGGUGUGGUGUCAGGACUCCGGCCAGGAAGGUGCUUUGGAGCAGACGAAGGUCAACGAGUACACAAUGACCAACGGCACCAACCACGAUCUCAGACUGGUCUCGGUCAGAUCCAUUGAGCACGAGAACGCUUAUGAGAAUGUCACCAUGCAGACGGGUGAAGUCACCGUGACGGCUAUGUAGUCCUGGGAGGAGCGUCCAAUCUUCUUGUCUUCACUGCACACCCUUCGCCUUCUGCACCCAGCUGUCCUGCACGCAGAGCCCCCGGCAGGUCUGGGGCCAGCUAUCCCCCAACACACCAGCCCAGCUAAGAAUCCGCCAUCGGCCCCCCCUCACGAAAGACACUCGCCCGGCUGUCGCUCUCUCCAGACCUGUGCAGAUUCAGAAGACUCCUGGCGCGCCAAGCGGCGGCAAGCAGCGUCGAUUUGAACGGACAGACACGUCAGGCGAGAGGAACAAAUAGGAGCAUGGGAGAGAUGCUGAAUUCCCGUCCAGGAAAUAACAGUUUGUUGCGAAUUUCCCAACUGGGGCAGGUGGGCCUCCUCUUGUUUUACAACCGUUCUGAUGUUUCUGAUGUGAAGGAGUCGACAAGUGACAUCAGGCCCGAGCGUGUGUGAGUGCUCAGUCAAGAACAUGGAUGGAUUGGACUACUUCAGCAUUCAGAGCCCUCAUAGAAAUUCCGGGUUGCUGACAUUAAUUAUCCAGAUGCAUGGUCCGUAGUUGGGCUUUACGCUUUGCUUACAUUGAAGAGCAUAAAACGAAAGGGGCUGCAGAAUUCAUGUCACAGCUUCAAUGUCUAUAGUUCUGACAGUCAAGGUUUCAUCCACUGCAAUAAUAUAAUCAAAUUUGCUUUAAAGUGAUUGCUGAGGUGUAACACUUAAGAGGUUUACAGCAGCCAGCAGCAGCUUUUACAUGACUUUUUCUCAGUGGAAACAUAAGGUCACAAAGUUCUGUAAGCGGUGACUGAUUUUGUUAGAUGCUCUUAUAUUUUUCUCUCACCACAUGUGUAGCAAAUCAAGGACAGUGCAGCAGAUCAGUCACUUGGCAUCAAGAGAUUGAGGGAAAAUCUGGAGGAAGAAUCAUAGGUUAACCUCUUAUUGUUACAAUACUGUCUCUAUGCAAAGAAUACGUGAAAAUACAGUUUACAGUUUAGCAGCUAUGUGUUUCUUCUUUACUGCUCAACUCUUUCUUAACUACACAUUAAUAUGUGAAGGCUUGUGUGUUCCAAAAUAUUUUUCUGCUCUUAAUCUUGUGAAAAACAAAUGAUUUACAUGAUCCUUUGUGAAAGAAACCAGAGACCAAAACCCCAACCUAAUCUGUCGAUGCUGUCACUGAUCAACCUAACAGAUAUUUAACCAUACAGGUCCCAGGUGGUUUGUAUAAUUACAUAUUUAGAGGGACACAUUGUAAAGUACUAUUAGGACAAUGUUAUAAUGCAGGCUUCUUGUUAUUCUUUAAUGAUUAUAGAGUGACAAUAAAAAUAUCUGCAUCAACAGAUGUAGUUGGAUUAUUCUAGAAGUCUACAAAAAUAUGCUUAUUUACCAGUUAAUAUUUAAUCUUUUGUAAUGAUGAAAGUUAAAUUGUAAAACAUUAGUGAUGAGUAGGAUGUUUUAAAUUGUAACACAUUAGUGAUGAGUAGGAUGUUUUAUUGCACUUUUCUGUCUUGGAACAGCAAGAAGUAACAAAAUCUAGUGUGCAAUUUUCUUUGUGCUUCAGAGGAUUUUUUGUUAAUGAUUUGUUAAUGAUUUUGUUAAUGAAUAAAACCCAGAACAUUAAACCAAGAACAUGACCCACAGUUACAAGCUGUUGGAAGAUUUCAGAGCAUUUUUCCUGCUUGCCAGAGCAAAGCACUUCACAAUAACAGAUUGGUUGAAAACAGCAAACCCACCCUCUUAGAGAGACUGCUGAUUCCAAUACAUAUUUAAUCUUGUGGAUUAUGCACAUUGCUUUCCAGUAGAUGAUUAAAGUAUUGGCUGGCUAA